AUGACUACGGUCCGCUGCUUACUGGCAGUUGCAGCUACCCAAAAUUGGAUUAUUCAUCAGCUUGAUGUCAACAAUGCCUUCUUACACGACGAUCUUAAUGAAGAAGUAUACAUGACACCACCACCUGGAUGUUUUCAUCAGUCUCAGGCGGAUUAUUCUUUGUUCACUCUCAUCACUUCCACCAGCAUCACUCUUGUUCUUGUUUAUGUUGGUGACAUCCUAGUUGCUGGUACCGACAUCUCUCAAAUCGAGCUUUUUAAGAAAAUUCUCUCCACUCACUUCAAGACGAAGGACCUUGGUUCCUUUAAGUACUUUGUUGGACUCGAAGUUGCUCACUCUCCCAAAGAUAGUGACCUUCUCCCUGAUCUUGGCCUUUUUCGUCGCCUUGUUGGCCGUCUCAUCUAUCUGACCAUCACCAGACCAGACAUUGUUUAUGCAGUCAACACACUCAGUCAAUUCAUGCAUGCUUUUCAGGUCCCCCACAUGACUGCAGUUACCAGAGUUCUCCGCUACAUCAAAGGCUACCCCGGCGAAGACAUCUUCUUUCCUUCAUCCAAUAGUACACAUGUCACAGCUUAUACAGAUUCUGAUUGGGUCAGCUGUCCCACCACCCGCCGCUCCACCACUGGCUACUUUAUUCAGUUAGGCACCAGUUCGAUCUCACGGCGCACCAAGAAGCAGAAUACAGUUGCUCGCUCUUUCGCUGAAGCUGAAUAUCGAGCUAUGCUGCUUUCACUUUCUCAUUGGGCGGUGAUGAGAUUCACCUACAGUGAAAUCUCGUUGCAGGUGUUUUCACAUUUGCUUUCAUUGCAGCUGCUUUCACUUUCUCAUUGGGCGGCGAUGAGAUUCACCUACUGUGAAAUCUCAUUCCAGCCAAGACACUCAGACCGGCCUGUUUAUGGCGUGAGUGUCCCUCCACCCUUGCCCAAUACGUUCUCAUGUAAAGUGGUAAGGCUUGAUAUACAUUGA